AUGGGGAUGGGUUCUCAAGAUGCAAUUGAUCAGCUCAGAGUUCUGAUGGAUCAAGUUGAUGAGCCAUUGAAGCGGAGUUACCAGAAUGUCCAUCAAGGAUAUGAAGUGGAAACUCUGGCGAGGUUCCUAAGAGCUCGAGAUUGGAAUGUUGCCAAAGCUCAUAAAAUGCUAGUUGACUGUCUGAACUGGAGAGUCCAGAAUGAGAUCGACAACAUAUUAGCGAAACCCAUUGUUCCAGCAGAUCACUACAGAGGAGUGCGUGAUUCGCAGCUUAUAGGAAUGUGUGGUUACUCAAGAGAGGGACUACCUGUAUAUGCUAUUGGUGCGGGACUCAGCACAUUUGACAAAGCAUCCGUUCACUACUAUGUUCAGUCGCACAUUCAGCUGAACGAGUAUCGGGAUCGUGUAAUCUUGCCAGCUGCAUCAAAGAAGCAUGGUCGACCCAUAACCACUUGUAUAAAGGUCUUAGAUAUGACUGGUUUGAAGCUUUCUGCACUGAACCAAAUAAAGUUAUUGACUGUCAUUUCAACCGUGGAUGACUUGAACUACCCUGAGAAGACAAACACCUAUUAUAUCGUAAAUGCCCCUUACAUAUUUUCAGCUUGUUGGAAGGUCGUGAAGCCUCUGCUGCAAGAAAGAACAAGGAAAAAAGUGCAGAUGUUGAAUGGUAAUGGGCGAGAUGAACUCCUAAAGAUAAUGGACAUCUCCUCCCUCCCACAUUUCUGCAAAAGGGAAGGCUCUGGAUCAUCUAAGAACAACUCGGAGAAAAGCUCCGAGAGCUGCUAUUCGUUGGACCAUCCAUUCCAUCAACAGCUCUACAACUACACCAAAGAGCAAGCGGCGAAGAAUACACCAACAGGACCAAUAAAGCAAGGAUCUUUCCAUGUCAGUGUUCCCGAGCCAGAGGCCGAAGUUAAAACCAUCCGAUCCGAGCUCCAGAAGUUCGAGAAGGGCAUCCCGAGAGGACUCUCCGGGUGCCUGGAUGACCUCAAAAUCAACAACUCAGAGUAG